GGUCAAUUUAAUGACUGUCCGCCAUUACUCCGAGACUGCUAAGUGUUGUUGUUUUGGUCUGCCAUCCGCUGCCAUCCUUAAUAGCUAUAUACACUACGGCUCAAAUUCGGUAUGAGUGGGGGAGUGCCGUAUAUAGGUAGCAAAAUAAGCCUAAUUUCGAAAGCCGAAAUUCGUUAUGAAGGGAUUUUAUAUACCAUUGAUACGAAGGAGUCGACAGUGGCGCUUGCCAAAGUACGCUCAUUUGGAACAGAAGACAGACCAACAGAUCGACCUGUAGCUCCAAGGGACGAAGUGUUUGAAUACAUUAUCUUCCGCGGUGCAGAUAUCAAAGAUCUCCAUGUGUGUGAACCUCCUAAACCCUCGGCUCCUCUCCCGCCACAGGACCCAGCUAUUGUGCAGCAAUCCGCACCAGUGUCUACACAACCCUCAUUCCAGCCAUCAAACACUUUUGGUCCUCCAACUGGUGGGUAUGGUCCAUUCAGUGGUUUGUCAUAUCAAUAUGGUGUAAUGCCUGGUCAACAGUAUGCACAGUCUUCACCGAUGUCACAAAUGGGAGGGCGGACUACAACCCCACCCCCUGCCCGCAAGUCACCUACAAUGGAGCAAGGGGUUCAGGCAACAGAAUCACCAAAAGAUGAGAAAGAAGAGAGGGAGACUUCAAAAACUCAAAGACGGGGCUCUAAAGAAGAUAGACCACCAAGUCGAGGGCAGAAUAAGGGGGAACAAAGAGAUAAUAGAGAAAGGAAGAGAGAUCAACAACAGAGACAAGGAAACAAUCAAGGUACGGUAGUUAUAAGUUAA